AUGGAGAUGACGAUGUGUUUUCCUCUGCUGCUGCUGAUCUGCUCUCUCUCCACGGCUCAGCUUCAGUCUGACAACGAAGGCUCUGACCAGCGACAGACCUGCACACAAGACAUCCAUGCUGUGCUGAGAGAGAUAAGCGCCUCGUUGGCUGAGCAGAAGGUGGAGAUGAGGCACUUACAAAGAGAGAAUGAAGCACAAGCAACUCAGCUGGAGUCACAGAAAACUCAGCUGGAGUCACAGAAAACUCAGUUGGAGUCACAGCUGGAGUCACAGAAAACUCAGCUGGAGUCACAGAAAACUCAGUUGGAGAGGCAGAGGCAACAACUUCAAGUCAAACAGGUGGCUUUCUCAGCCUCUCUGUUGGCUUCAGGCUCGGAAACUCUUGGACCAAUUAACGCACACACUAAUCUGGUCUUCAGACACGUCGUCACAAACAUUGGAAAUGCCUACAACCCAAACACAGGUUUUUUCAUUGCCCCAGUGAGAGGAGCCUACCACUUUGAGUUCUACAUAGGAGCAUAUGGACAUUCUUCACAUGGUUCAGCUGCUGCGUUGGUUAAGAAUGGAGAGCAUAUUUUUAUUGCAUAUGAGCGUCAGCCGUCUGGUUAUGGCAGUUCUUCUAAUGGUGCCACGCUGCUUCUAGAGGUCGGAGAUCUUGUAUACUUGCGUCUGUGGAUUAACAAAAGAGUGUUUGACAAUGAAAAUCAUCACACCACCUUCAGUGGCCAUCUGCUUUUCACCAUGUGAAAGAGAAGCAGGUCUAUCAGUACUAUUGAUAAUAAUGUCAUUUAUUUUUUUCUUGAAAGCUGAUUGACAACAAAGUAAAACAGCAAAAUGUGUUGCAAAGAAACAAUUUUUGGAUUUUUAAUCUGUCUCUCUUUCUGAAUUAACAUAUAAAUCCAUAGUGAUAUACAAUGUGGGGAUACUUGUAAUACAUGUUUUUUUUUACAUUAAUUGUAUAAAACUAAUGACAAAAUUGUGUAAAUAUUUAAAAAUAAUUUUACUGAAAGAAAUACUAAACAAAAUCACCAGAAAGGACUCACUCACUCGUUGGACCGCAGCAUCCAACUAAACCACGUCACUUUACUGUCUGACUG